AUGAACGAAACAACCAGCAAUUCUUAUGACUCGCCGAUCUUCGAUUACAAUCUUGCUUCCGAAGCGUAUUCUGUAGCUUGGAAAAACAAUGAAGUCGAAUUCGUCACUGGAUCUAGAAACAACAAGAUCAACCUUUUUAAGCCGAUAGAAGGAGGGUGGGGCCUCAGUUCCACUCUCAAAGGUCACAAUGGCUUUAUCGAAGCACUGUGCUUCAACACAUGUGACGACAACGUUCUUGCAAGUGGUUCUGCGGAUCAAACCGUUAAAAUUUGGGAUCUCAGAACCAACUCUGUGUCUAUCGAUUUGAAAAAAGGCCACUUUUCCGACGUAAAUUGUUUGAGCUUCUCGCAAACCGAAAAUUCGAACCAUCUGUUGUCCGGAGACAAUGAUGGCUUAAUUUUGCUUCGCGAUAUUAGAAUGCCAAACGUAAACUUAGCUUCCUACAGAUACGGGACCACGUCAAUAUGCAGUCUAGACUGGAACCCUUCGGACGAAUCCAUGUUUUUGUCAGCUAGCUACGAUAACGUAGUUCGUGUUUGGGAUUUGUCGAUCGAAUCCACCGAUGCUGACGCUGUUGUAGAAGUUGCUGUGCGAGAGUUUUUACUUGUUAAACUUACGCAAAAUGGAUCAACUAAACGUUGUGAAUGGAAUCGUUAUCUUGUAUUUUUUGGUACAAUUUUGUUUGUAUUUCAGGCUACUACUAAUGAUAUUAUACGAGCAAUUAAAAUAUGA